AUGUCUCGGACUCGCCAAAUACCGUCUGAGCCAGCAAGUAGUUCUCAACUGGAACUGACAGAGGAGCAUACCAACACUUCGUCAGCUAUUCCAGGUCCAGCAACACUGAGGUUAAGAGCAGCAGAUGAGCCUGCUGCUAACCGGCCCGAAAUGAAUGAGGGCACCUCCCGACGUAUACGCUGGAGUGAAGAUGUCAUAGAUAACGAAGGAAUGGGAAAAAAGAGUUCCAAAGUGUGCUGCAUCUAUCACAAAACCCGACCUAUUGGCGAUAGUAGCUCCGAGUCCGAAUCCUCGGACUCCAGUACUUCUAAUUCGGACACAGAUAGCGACGGCGAAGCGGCCUGCCAUAGAAGGACGGGACACCGCCCGCCUACAGGGCAGGGAGAAGACUAUGCUUCUUCUGGUCAGAGGCCUCCAUCGAACAGAGAAGGAAGAACCUGCCGAUCAAGUCACCGAACGAGGAAAACGAAACGAAAACCAAGCCCAAAUGCCUAUGAGAAAAUGCCAAAGACUAUGAAGGGCCGUUAA